UGCACUUCGCAGCAUAAAAAGAUAAUUUAAAAAAUAUAUAUUAAUUUAGUACUCAACAUGGUGGAAACUGACUACAAGCUAGUGCCUAGUAAGGACAAUGGGAACUGUGAGAAAAAACCCGAAGAACCAGCAACCUACGGCUACGGGGUCAGACAUGUGCAAGCACUGUUAUUCUUCUUCUCUCUGGCGAUCUGCUACAGUACCAGGGCUCAUCUCGGAGUCUCCAUAGUGGCCAUGACGAUGGACAGAAAUAAUGACGCGGAGGAGACAAGGCUGAAUGAAAGUUUAGUCAAUCAGACAAUACCAGAUCUCAACAUAAGUCAAGUUGUGAAUUCAAGUAGUGAUAGUGCAUGGCAAAUUUAUAGAACGUACGACUGGCCGAAGUCCACUCAGGAGAUGGUUCUCGGUGCGUUCUUCCUCGGUUACUGCAUCAUGAUGUUCCCGUUUGGGAUGAUCUGCCAGCGGUUCGGGGGGAAGAUCCCCCUGCAGGUGGCUCUGCUGGUUAACUUCGCCACCUCUUUCCUGACGCCGUGGUUCGUUGCUUGGGGCGGCUGGAAGACGCUGUGCGCCUGCCGCGUGAUCCAGGGUCUGUCGCAGGCCGGCUGCUACCCAGCACUCAGUACGCUACUCUCCAACUGGGUCCCGCUCAGGGAGAGAGGUAGCUUGAGCUCAUAUGUGUAUACAGGUUCCGGUGUGGGGACCAUAGUGGGCUUCCAAAUGGCCGGUCUUCUAGCGUCCUCCCGCUUCGGCUGGCCCUCUAGCUUCUGGGUGGUGGGAGUCCUGUGCCUAAUCGGCUUCAUCCUCCUCACCGUGUGGGGGUCGGCCACGCCGGACCAGCACCGCUCCAUAUCGGAAGCGGAGAAGGCCUACAUCAUGGGGGAUAUCGGCCAACGCGUUGUUACGAAAUCCCGCACCCCGUGGCGCUCAAUCAUCACCUCAGUGCCCGUGUGGUCGACGUUCGUCUGCCACGUCGGCUCCGCGCUGUGCUUCGUGUUCUUCUUCACGCAGGUCCCCACGUAUAUGUACGCCAUACUGAAGUUCAACAUCAGGAACAGCGGACUCCUAUCCUCCCUGCCGUACAUCUCGGCGUUCUUCACGUGCGUGCUGUGCGGCUUCCUCACCGACUACACCAUCAACAGGAACAUCGUCAGCAUCAAGACCGCCAGGAUCGCCUCUACUAUUAUAGCAUGCUGCCCCGCUGCCUGCUUGGCGCUGGUGUCGUACACCACCAACACGGUGCUGGCCGUCGCCUGCUUCGUCAUCUCCAUGAGCACACACACGGCCAUGCAUACGGGAUGGGUGGUAAACUACAUGGACCUGUCCCCGAACUUCAGCGCCACGCUGAUGGCGUCCGGCAACACCCUCGCCAACAUCCUAGUGGUGCUGCUGCCGGUGCUGGUGUCGCAAGUCGUCACCGAUGUGAACGACGUGAUCCAGUGGCGCAUCAUGUUCUUCCUGAUAUCGGGACUGACGCUGGUCACCACCAUGGUGUUCGUAUGCUUCAUGUCCCCAGACGUGCAGCCGUGGAACGACGACGCAGGGGAAAAAGAUGCGGAGGAUGUCAAAGUGGAGAAACAGAAUGAAAAACUGAAAAGUUAGACUGCAUAUUGUAAAAGUUACAAUUAGCCAUAAUUAUUGUAAAUAGUUGUAAGUUAUUUAA